AUGGAGUUCACUGCGGUUAUAUUAUGUGGAAAGGGUAAAGAAUUAUCUCCAUUCUCUUUGAGUUCAAGAUCAACUGGUUUUCCCAAGGCUAUUUUACCAAUUGCAAAUAAACCAAUGAUUGAAUACGUUAUAGAAUGGUGUUUCAAAGGUUUCUUUGCAAAAAUAUUGCUAGUUACUUACGAUAAUGAAGAAAAUAGUAUUAAUGAAUGGUUAAACAAAUACAAAAAACAAAUGGAACUAAAUCAAGAGUAUUCUCCAUCAAUUGACAUCCUUACCAUUUCAAAUUCAAAUUCAGAUGAAUCAGGUGCUAUCUUAUAUCACAUAUAUCAAAUACAACCAACAUUAGACAAUUUCAUAUUAUUACCUUGUGAUUUCAUAACUAAUUUACCACCACAAGUGCUUAUUGAAUCAUAUAGAAAUAAAAAUGAAAAUGAUCUAGGUAUAUUAUUCCAUUAUAGAAAUACAUUAGAUUUAGAAGAUAAGGUUAAAUCAAAGAUGUUUAAUAAAAAUUAUACAAUUUAUUCUGAAAUUGAACCUGAUUAUUACAACUUAUUGGAUAUUUAUAGCAAAGUUGAAAUUGAAAAAUUUCAUAAAAAUUUAAAAAUUAGAAGUCAUAUGUUAUGGAGAUAUCCAAAUACAUUAAUAAGUUGUAAAUUAUUAAACUCAAACAUAUUUAUAGGCUCAAAUGAGAUAUUUAACAUUUUUCAAAUGGAGGGUGAUAAAUAUAAUGAAACAUACUUUAAAUAUCGUCCAAUUACGAAAAUAAUCAGAGAUUUGGCUAGAAGAUCCUGGUCACAUUCAAAAGCCAAAGAGACAAUUGGAUUUCAAAUUAUCCCCAAGGAAGCUUCUUUUUUGAGAGCUAAUAAUUUACCAGUACUCAUGGAAGCAAAUCGAUAUUUCAUGAAACAACAAAAAACAAACAGACAACAAGAAAAAGGAUCGCAUAUUUCAUCAGAUUCCAUAAUUGGUAAUAAUACGACAUUUGGAGAGAAGACAAAUGUUAAGAAAUCAGUAAUUGGUGACAAUUGUAUUAUUGGUAAGAAAGUUAAAAUUAAUGGAUGUUUAAUAUUUAAUAAUGUAGUAAUUAAAGAUGAUAUCCAAUUGGAAAAUUGUAUUAUUGGAUCAAAUGUAAUUGUGAAUAAUAAAUCUAAAUUGGUUAAUUGUAAUGUUGAGAAUGAGAAUGAAGUAAUUGAAGGUACUCAAUCUAAAGGUGAUACUUUAUUAUGUUUAACUUUGGAAAACUUAAAAACAAAUGAGGAUAAUGUAGAUACUACUGAUGGUGAUGUAUUAUAUAGCGAACAUGAAAGUGAAAGUGAUGAUGAUAGUGAAGAGGAAUCUGAUGAAGAGGAAUAUCAUGAUGAGUUUACUGGUAAUGAAGAUGGUUUAUUCGCAUAUUAA